AUGGCGAGGAUUUCAAUGGCCGCGUGGCCGGAUACUCCUCUGCCUGUAGAGCCUUUGUUGCUACCGUCACUGCCGUUUGAGUUAAUCGAAGAGAUACUUCAGAGGACUCCGGCUGUAUCUUUGAUCCGAUUUAAAUCGACUUGCAAGAGAUGGUACCAUCUCAUCAGCAGCGACAACAGAUUCAUGCAAAGUCACUUGGAUAACUCUCCGGAACAAUUCAUAAGAAUCGAUAGCCGUGAGAGGGUUCAAAUCAUUGAUCCCGUGACCGGAAGCCUCUCGGUUACACCAAUCCCAGACGUGUUUCGCGACAUGUUCAUGUGUAUGUGUCACUGUGAUGGUCUGCUGCUUUGCCUGUGUCAUGGAUUAAGAGGUGACCUUAAUCUCGCGGUUUGGAAUCCGCUUUUGAGGAAAAGCAAAUGGAUCAAACCAUUGGCUCGUAACUGGUCAACUGCUCGUAACUGGUUAACUGCUCGCAAGAAUUGUGAGUACAUAGGGAUUGGAUACAGCUAUACAUCUCGUGAUAACUAUAAAAUCUUGAGGUUUUCUUAUCACGAUGAUGAUGAUGAUGAUAAAUCAGAACCAUUCUGUCACGUGUAUGAAUUGAAGUCUGAUUCGUGGAGAAGUAUUGAUGCUAAGUUUGAUGGGAAUAUAGAUGCUGAAGUUCAAGGCGUAUCUGUGAAUGGUAAUAUGUAUUGGGUUGAUGGAAAGAAGAAGGAGAAGAAGAAUGAGCACUUCAUUAUAUGUUUUGAUUUCACUAUGGAAACAUUCAAGCACGUAUGCGUUUCUCCGCCCUAUUCGGAUAUUGAGCUAUUAGGAUGUUUCAAUGGAGAUAGGCUCUCUCUGUUACAACAUGAUGAAGUAACAGGGGAGAUUCAUGUGUCGGUGACAAACAAGUUGACUGAUGGCCUUGUUUCUUUUAGCAGAUAUUUUAUUGUGACUCUCCCUGAUCUUCCUAUGGUACGGUGCCUAGAUUUUAUGGUUUUUCCGGGAUGGUGCAUUGGCAAGCAGAGAAAUAUCAUGGCAUGGUGCGAGCAAAUUGUAAAAGAAGAUGGUAAGAUGUAUACUUGUAUCACUCUUUACGAGAUUGAUGAAGGUGGUGUAAGAAAACAAAUUGAGACAGGACGACGUGAAGUUACAAGCUCCAUUAUUGACCCGCUUAUCACUAGUUAUGUGUAUGUUCCAAGCCUGAUUCCAGUUCCAGUAUAA